ACCGCGCUGUGGUGGCACACAGAACUAGGCCUUUAGCCGAACUCUUUUACAAAAUGAUUUCCUUUGUCGCAGCCCCGGCAUGGCUAAAAAUAACGCCCCGGCUGCAAACAUUAGCUGAGGUCAGAAUUCAGCGUCAGGAAAGAGGAAAAUGCUCCGCAGAUAAACACGAUAAAUACAUCAGUGACAUCCACGCAGCGGCGAUUUAAACCGCUAAAACGUUUAACCCGGGUCAACGUCUAGUCCAGGCCUGGUGGUUUAAACGACUGCAGCCUUUAUGGAAUCUCUGACUGCGCUGUGGGAUUCGUACUUGCAGUCUACAGCCUCGACAUGCACCGCUUUACGCUCGGUAUGUCGGAUGAAGAUUCCCGUGCCAGCACCAGCUCUUCCUCCUCGUCAUCCUCAACCCAUCAGCAGCAGCAGCAGCAGCAGCACGACUCAAACCUCUUGAAGAAACGAGAAAGCAAAGCCAGCAUGAGCAAGACCUCCAAACUCCUCUCUACUAGUGCUAAAAGAAUUCAGAAGGAACUGGCUGACAUUACGUUGGAUCCACCACCAAACUGCAGCGCCGGCCCUAAAGGAGACAACAUCUAUGAGUGGAGGUCUACCAUCCUGGGCCCUCCAGGCUCCGUGUACGAAGGAGGAGUGUUUUUCCUGGACAUCGCCUUCACACCAGACUACCCCUUCAAACCACCCAAGGUGACGUUCCGUACGAGGAUCUACCACUGUAACAUCAACAGUCAGGGGGUGAUCUGUCUGGACAUCCUGAAGGACAACUGGAGUCCCGCUCUCACCAUCUCCAAGGUCCUGCUGUCCAUCUGCUCCCUGCUCACUGACUGCAACCCUGCCGACCCUCUGGUUGGAAGCAUCGCCACACAGUACACAACAAAUAGGCCUGAACACGACAGGAUAGCCAAACAGUGGACCAAACGCUACGCCACAUAAUCACCAGAGGAGCUGCUGCUGCUUAGAAGACUUGGGGAUGUGGGUGGGGGGGGGUGACUCGGGGAGGGAGGCAGGGCAGGUAGAGGGGCGGGUAAAUUUUUAUCUCUGAAUUGAAGUAUUAACUCCUGAUAUUCUGUUGUUUGUUGUAUUUUUUUUUUUCUCCAGCCCAGCUAUAAUCAAAUCUGGCAAUAAGGCAUUCAGUGUUAUCUCUUUGGACUUUUAGCUUGUGCUUGAAGGUGGAUGUUAAUACUGCUAGACUGAACUGUGUCACAGCAUGAUUCCCAGUCAAUUUUGUCAGCGUAAAUUCUCACAUGUAUUAAGUUCCCAUUGGUGUUGGCUCCCCCUCCAAACUCCUGGUCUUUGGAAAGGCGUUUCACACAGGUAGACAUGUUUAGUCAGGGAUGGAUAUUGGAUGUGAUUUGUGUUCUGUACUGAUAAAAAGCUGUUCUGUUUCUGAUGAAUCCUGAAGAAUUAAACAUGACCAACUGAG